GAAUAUAUAAUUAUUUGCGGAAAAUAUGCGCAACCAUCAGCCACGCUAUUUAACGUACGUGACACCCCCCAAAUUGACACCACACAAAUUGCGCUUGGAUCGGCGGACCUAAAUCUCCCUUCAAGCAGCCACGUAGCCAGCCGCCGAAGAAGAGGAAGGAGCAGCUAUGCAGGAUGGCCGGCGGGAGACCGCGGACCGUGGCGGCGAGGAGCACCGCUGCGGCGCGAAGCCCGAGAAGAAGAGGGCCGCGGUGACGCCACUGGUCGGCCUGCGCGCGUCCAGCCGAGGCGCCGUGGACCUGAUGAGCGAGGCCGCCAGGUCCCUGGCAAGCUGGCGCCACCUGAUGGGCUCGGAGGGCGAGUCCACGGGGCACGUUGAGGCCAGUGGGCACAAGGUGCCGCGGCAGAACCCGGAACCGGUGGCCGCUCCAGAUCCCAGCGUCGCUGGCACGAGCUCCAUCAUGAACAUUUUCCAGAAAGUGUCCGACAUCGAGGUGCGCGUGGAUUACAUUGACAGCGCAAUCCUGGAUCCCAUCAAGCUGCACAAUUGGCGGAGCACCAACGAGGACGAGUCGACAAGCGGCGACGACUUGCGCAGAAACCCAUAGGCACGCUUUCAGCAAAGAAGACGAGCACCGUCGCUCAACUCUAUGGCGGCAGACGUCAUAAAAAGUUGCAUCUUCGGUUCAGAAAACUCCGCGAUUCUUGGCUUUUCAGUGCGAACAAAAUGUAAGCGCAAUAAAGAUGCCGUUAGGCAGCU